AUGAAUGCUACGUGGAUCUCGUUGCCUGCUGACAGGACGCUGCCGGAAGUUCAGGCUGGGUUGACUCUCGUCGUCACAGUACUUGCAGCGCUGACGAUCUUUAUAUUUGUACGAACUCGAUGGAUCAGCGCUACUCGACGCUCAGCAAAGGGCAAAGACGUCAAAUUAUCGUCUUUUGUAUGCCUCAACUCGUUGGGCGAAGUUUUGGAUGCUUUCAUCGUCCUGAGAACGAGAGUGUUGUCGAAGCGUCACCUUGGGAUUCUAGCUCAGUGCAUUGUGGUCAUCUUUCUGUCAGCGAGUUCAUUGCUCUCUGGCUAUGUCGCUCGCUAUGCUAGCAGAAGUGGGUACGAAGUCAGUAGACAAGCAGUAUCUGGAUACCUCGCCGAUCGACUCUCCGGAGGAAUGAGUGCAGCCAACGUGGAGUGGAACGAAACCUACUAUCGUCUUGAUCAAGCCGGGUUCCCGCUCAACCAGUUACUGGACUUCCUUCCGGCCAAUGACUUGAACUGGAAGUUCGAUUCGACCCAGUGGAACAACAGCUGGACAAUGUCCUGUCAGAGCUCUGGACCCGCCUCUGUAGCCCUUGCAACCACAGGGUACUGCGGCAAUUCGAUCGUAUCAGAGAUCCCGGCUCUUGCUGAAUUCCUCUCGCCCAAUGACUACCAAGUCUCCGCAGAAUCCUGGAGCGGCUUCGAGUGGAACAACAGGUGGCGGGACAUCUACCUCUUCUCCACGGCCAAAGCUCAGUCCGCUUUUGCCAAUUCCGACGGCACUAACAAUUCCGUGUCCAUCUCCAUCGCGGCCAUCCACAUGCGUAACGUCACCAAGAAAUCCGAACCCUCCAGCAACACCUGCCAGUACGGCGUCACUGCACGUUCCAACAGCACGCUCAGCAAAAUCACCUGCCAACUCAGCCGCCUCAAACAAGUCCCAGACGUCAACAAUACCGCCUUCCCGGACUACCCGCCUGAAUACCAACAAACACUCUCAAACGCCCUCACCUCCUUCUACGGUGCCCGCCUCGCGCAAGAAUCCGCCACCAAAUCGCCCAUCACAAUCAUCCAGCCCAACGAACUUAUCCGCUUCUACCAAACCUACACAGUCGUCAAGGAUGUGCAGUACCGCCAACCCGUCACUCGCUUCAUCAACCAAGCCGAUACUGUCGUUCAGGUGUCUAUCAUCUUCCUCGCCAUCGCAGCUUUCUUCGCACUGAUUGUUCUCCUGGGUCUGCUCAACUAUGCGGCUCUGGUCAUCUUCCAGAAUAAGGCGUUCAGACACACGCCUCUCACGCGAUUGGAGUGGAUGAUCCAAAGUAUCUCCGCAACGGACAAGAGACACAGUGUUAUGAUUCCAACCGACUCUGCACGGGUGGAUGCAAGUGACAAACGAGCGGCAUUUGAGACAGCGGUGUAUGCACGCAAUGCGAUGGUGGGUGGCGCCGUCAGGCAGAGGUCAUCCUGGAGGGACUCAUCAGCGAGUACGGCGUACAUGGCGAGUCCUGGGCUGGAGUAUGAUAAAUAUGUGCUGGGCAAUGUGGUGAGUCAGGGGAGUCAGCCGACGAGUCCCUGGGUGCCGUACACGGGGCAGGGCACUGGAAGAACGCCUCUGUUGGGCGGUGAGGGAUACGAUUGA